AUGCUAAUUCAACCUCUUCAACUAAUUAUUCAGCCACCUUCUUCAAUAUCCUUAUCAAAUCCAGCCGCCGCAGCCGCCACGCCUCUUCUUUUCGACGCCUCCCUUCUUCAACAUGAAGACAAUAUACCUAUUCAAUUCGUCUGGCCUGACGAAUUGAAGCCUAACCCUAAUCCUCAACAACAACAACAAGAAGAACAAGAACAACUACUCCUUCAAUCCGUUGACAUGGAAGAACUCCUCUCCCGCGAUCCAACCGCCAUUUCCAAUAUAACGAGUCUUGUUGACGAGGCCUGUCGUAAACACGGAUUGUUUCAAGUGAUAAACCACGGAAUUGAUUCAGAUUUCAUAAAGGAAGUCCAUAAGGGAAUCGACCUCUUCUUCAAUAUGCCCCUCUCGGAGAAGAUGAAAGCCAAAAGGAAAAUCGGACACCAUUCCGGUUAUGCUAGUAGUUUUACAGGCCGAUUUGCAUCCAAUCUUCCAUGGAAAGAAACUAUGUCAUUUUCAUUUAAUAAUGACAAUCACCGAUCUUCUUCAAACAUGGUCGAGAAUUACUUCUUAACAACAAUGGGAGAAGAAUACAAACAUUUUGGUAAGAUGAUGCAGAAAUACUGUGAAUCCAUGAAUAAACUCUCUCUUGACAUCAUGGAGCUCUUGAGCAUGAGCCUUGGGAUCAACCCGAACUAUUUUCGAGAAUUCUUCGAAGAAAACGAUUCCAUAAUGAGGCUCAACUAUUAUCCACCAUGCCGGAAGCCUCAUCUAACGUUGGGCACCGGUCCCCACUGCGACCCAACUUCUCUUACCAUCCUCCAUCAAGACAGAGUUGCAGGUCUUCAAGUGUUCGUGGAUGGGAAAUGGCUAACGAUUCAACCAAAACCAGAUACAUUUGUCGUCAACAUUGGUGACACGUUCAUGGCAUUAUCGAAUGGGAUUUACAAGAGUUGUCUACAUAGAGCAGUGGUGAACAGUACAACUCCAAGAAAGUCACUAGCAUUCUUCCUCAGCCCCGAAAAGGAUAGAAUAAUUAGGCCACCAAAUGAUCUUGUGAAUAUGGAGAACCCUAGAUUGUACCCAGAUUUUACAUGGCCCGAUCUUCUCGAGUUCACCCAAAGCCACUAUCGGGCCGACACCAAGACGCUCGAUGCCUUCUCACGCUGGCUUGAAGAAAACGGGGCCUUCAUCGACCAUGAUCGAGAAUAG